AUGGGCAAGUUCUUACAAUUACUCCUCCACCCGGAUGAGUUAAAGUCUGUGAUUCAAUUGACGGGGUUCAGACAACCGUUACACCCAGCGCCAGCCUCGCAAUCGCCAGCUUUGAAACGAUGCUACGAGUUGUUGAACCUUACUUCGAGAUCAUUUGCGGCAGUAAUUGAAGAGUUACACCCCGAACUAAGAGAUGCAAUUAUGAUCUUCUAUCUUGUGUUGAGAGCUUUGGACACAAUUGAAGAUGAUAUGAGCAUUGAUCCAGAGAUCAAGGUGCCAUUGUUGAGAGGAUUUUAUGAAAAGUUGGACCUGAAAGAUUGGACUUUUGAUGGAAAUGGUCCAAAGGAAAAGGACAGGGUUGUGCUCGUUGAGUUUGAUCAAAUAUUGGACAUUUACCAUGGAUUGAAACCACAGUACCAGAAUAUUAUCAAAGACAUUACCCGUAAGAUGGGUAAUGGUAUGGCUGAUUACAUUUUGGAUGAAAACUUUAACCUCAAUGGUGUAGAAACUAUUGAGGAUUACAACUUGUAUUGUCAUUACGUUGCCGGUUUAGUUGGUGAAGGUUUGACAAAGUUGAUGGUAUUGGCAAAGUUUUCCGACGAAUCAUUGGUUGAGGAUAAUUUUGAGAAAUCGAACUCGAUGGGUCUUUUUCUACAAAAGACAAACAUUAUAAGAGAUUACCACGAGGAUCUAUUAGACGGUAGAUCAUUUUGGCCAAAGGAGGUGUGGUCGAAGUAUACUCCUGACUUGCCACAAUUUCACAAAAACAAAUCAAUGGAGUUUGAAGGGUUGUCCUGUAUCAAUGAUCUUGUGUUGAACGCAUUGGGACACGUAAAGCAUGUUUUGGAAUUCUUAUCGUUGGUAAAAGAUCCUUCAACAUUUUCAUUCUGUGCAAUUCCACAAGUUAUGGCAAUUGCAACUUUAGCCGAAGUUUACAAUAACCCUAAGGUGUUGCAUGGAGUUGUCAAAAUCAGAAAAGGUACAACCUGCAAGUUGAUUUUAGAGAGUAGGACUUAUCCAGGAGUGGUUAAAAUUUUCAGACACUACAUACAAGUCAUCAAUCAUAAAUCAUCAGUGAGAGACCCAAACUAUUUAAAGAUCGGUAUCAAGUGCGGAGAGAUUGAGCAGUUUUGUGAGACCAUGUUUCCUUCUGAAAACGCUAUCCCUAAGGGAGCUCGUAUAUCAGAAGGACCUAUCAACAAGAUUUUGAAAAGUAGAAAAUCUAUUGACGAUAGCAUGCAGGUCAGGAUCGACCAGGAAACAUUUAACACAAAUGCUGUUUUAGGGUUUAUUGGUGUAUUGUUAGCCAGUUUAUUCAUUUACAUAUAUAGAUAA